CAUCAAUUAUCAAAUUGCAUGGUUAUUUCAAUAGAUAUGACGAUCAGAAAUAACCAAAUAAUCCAAUUCCAAAUCAAGGAUUAUUAUUUGGCUACGGAACAAUUUCGUUGACUGUAAGAUUCCUUACUCGGAAGGGUUACAUUGUAACACUGGGAGAGAAAAAAAUGGAAAUGAAACGAUUAUUCGUUUAUUUUCAUAAUUACCUUGCAAAUGAGUUGAUCGACCGGUGUAUGCAUUGACAGCGAUCUUUUCAGAAGCGUGCAACAUCCAUGUUUACACGGACCACUGAUGAAGGUGUGUAGGUAAUAAUUGAAGAACCCCAUAAGACACCAUGUCUGAAGUGGCCCUUUCAGAAAGUGACCUGGAGGCCAGCCUUAACAGUGAAGAGGACUAUCAGGACAACGAUGAAGAUGAGGACAAUGACGAUAUGGAGGAGGAGGAAGAUGACGAUGAGGAGGAUGAUGAAAACAGUGGAGAUGAUGAGGAUGAUAGUGUGGAAGAAAACCAUCAUGGUGCACAAAGCUGGGAUGAAAAAGCGCAAGAAAGUCGGGACUCCACCUCCGCUGCCUCUGGAGAUCCGUCCUCCGAGCCACCGUCACGGCCUGAAUCCCAGCCGUCCUCCAGGCCGACCUCUCGCUCUCAACUUCCGAGCAGCCCUGGCCAAUCGAGCCAGAGCAAGAAACUCUCCGGCAAAUCAAAGAAACAUAAAGCUUUGAAAUUAACCAAAUCUUCCAAGCCUUCAAAACGGUCCAAACCUCCCAAGCCUGUAAACAUGAGGAAAAAUAUUAGAAAGCUGCUAAAGGAGGACCAGCUGGAGGCUGGAACCAAAGCUGCUCAACAGGAAGAGAUGGAGAGGCGGAAGCGUCUGGAGCAACAGCGGAAAGACUUCCCUAUGCCAGCUCCGACUUUACUAGAAUCCCAACUAGGAGAAGUGUCUCACUUGGUCCCCGCUCUACUUGGCAAGCAGGACGUGAUCUGCUUGGACAGCAGCGCCGAUGAAGAUGAAAACAUGGAACCUAAACUCCCCGAACUUGGUUUUCGAGAUGAUAUAAUUGAACUCAGUUCCGGGGACGAGGAUGCCCUACAGAUAAGCAGCGAGUCGGGGGACGAUGAAGAUGACGGUGGCCCCGCCGGCACCAAUGAGAGCAGCGGAGCGCACAUCAAUGACGCUCUGAACUUGCCCGACGCCCAGGGCCGCGUAAUGGUUAAUAUCAACCACCCUGCGGAGGAGAAGGACAUUUAUCUUGCUCCACAGCUGGCCAGGGCUGUCAAACCUCACCAGAUUGGCGGCAUCAGGUUUCUGUAUGAUAACCUGAUUGAGUCUCUCGAUCGAUACAAGAGCAGCAGUGGUUUUGGUUGCAUCCUUGCGCACAGUAUGGGUCUCGGCAAGACACUGCAAGUCAUUUCCUUCAUCGACAUCCUGCUGCGGAAUACCGAGGCUCACACAGUCUUAGCCAUCGUUCCCGUGAACACACUUCAGAACUGGCUGGCGGAGUUUAACCUCUGGCUCCCACCCCAGGAAGCGAUUUCCCCUGACACUGACCCCACUUUGCUCACCGGACGUACAUUCAAAGUUCAAAUUCUGAAUGAUGAGCACAAAACCACGAUUGCCCGGGCCAAGGUGGUGGAAGACUGGAGCCGAGACGGAGGCGUGUUGCUGAUGGGCUAUGAGAUGUACCGUCUCCUGUCAAUGAAGAAGAGUUUCGUUACGGGCAAAAAGAGAAAAUCAAAGAAGCCCGUAGGGCCUGUCAUCAUUGAUCUAGAUGAGGAAGAUAGACAACAAGAACUCAUGAAAGGCAUCGAAAAGGCCAUCCUACGACCGGGUCCAGAUGUGGUGAUUUGCGACGAGGGCCACCGCAUUAAAAACUAUCAUGCCAGCACGUCACAGGCUCUGAAGAAUAUCCGUUCGAAGCGCAGAGUGGUCCUCACAGGUUACCCGUUACAGAACAAUCUCAUUGAAUACUGGUGCAUGGUGGAUUUUGUGAGGCCGGACUUCUUGGGCACACGCCAGGAGUUCAGCAACAUGUUUGAGCGUCCUAUUCUGAACGGGCAAUGUAUGGACAGCACGCCUCAAGAUGUUCGCUUGAUGCGUUACCGUAGCCAUGUGCUGCACAGCCUGUUGGAGGGUUUUGUCCAGAGACGUGGCCAUGAUGUUCUGCAACACCAGCUUCCCAUGAAGAUGGAGCAUGUGAUUUUGGUGCGGCUAUCUCCUGUACAGAAAGCGCUGUACACCGAGUUUAUGAAUCGAUUCCGAGAGGCAGGAAACAAUGGUUGGCUUGGUCUAAACCCUCUAAAGGCCUUCUGCGUGUGCUGCAAGAUCUGGAAUCAUCCAGACGUGCUUUAUGAAGCUUUACAGAAAGAGAAUCAGGCAAACGAACAAGACCUGGACCUCGAUGACAUUGCCGGCGGCCCCAAAGGUAAAGUGUCGGACUCCAGCAACAGCAAAGUCAAUAACAUUCCGCCCCUGCUGAAUGCCUCGCAGGAUCGAAGCAAUCAAGUCAUCACUUAUGAAUGGGCAAAGGAAAUUAUGUCAAACUACCAGAUGGGACUUCUGGACAACUCUGCUAAAAUGGUGCUGCUUUUUCAUUUGAUCGACGAGAGCGUCAGAAGAGGAGACAAGAUUUUGGUCUUUAGCCAAAGCUUGUCCACCCUGACAGUCAUUGAAGACUUCUUAUCCAAAAGAAGCAUUCCAUCACCAGACACUGCUGCUGAGUCUCAGAACCCCAACUGGGUUCGCAAUCUUAGUUAUUAUCGACUUGAUGGGAGUACAUCUUCCUCCGAAAGGGAGCGCCUAAUCAAUCAGUUUAAUGACCCAGAGAACACCAAGUCGUUGCUUUUCUUGCUUUCUACCAGGGCGGGUUGCCUCGGUGUGAAUCUGAUAGGCGCAAACCGGGUCGUUGUGUUCGACGCUUCCUGGAACCCGUGUCACGACGCCCAGGCAGUGUGCCGGGUGUACCGCUACGGUCAGAAAAAACCCUGCUACAUUUACCGUCUGGUUUGUGACUUUACCCUGGAGAAGAAGAUCUAUGAUAGACAGGUGUCCAAACAGGGCAUGUCCGACCGCGUAGUGGACGACCUGAACCCAGCACUGAACUUUACUCGAAAGGAAGUGGAGUCACUGUUGCAUUUUGUUGAGGAGGAACCGCAAGCUAACAAAAUCAACCUGAGGGCUUAUGAAGACUUUGAGCCGGUCAUAUAUAGAGCCUGUCAGCUUUACCCACACCUCAUCACUAAACAACCUUUCCAGCAUGAGUCUUUGUUAGUGGACCGGAAGGAGUCCAAACUGACCAAAGCGGAGAAGAGAGCUGCCAAAAAAAGCUAUGAGGACGAAAAACGAGCAUCUGUGCCCUACUCGCGACCUUCCUACGCGCCGUAUUAUCCAACCAGCAACCACGUCCUCGCGAACAUACCUGCAUUUAGUCAACGUGGCUGGCGUCCUAUCGCUCGGCCUGACGACAAGCCGGUUGCAAGUGUCAGGCCCAUCCAGUCAACGCCGAUCCCCAUGAUGCCUCGCCAGGUUGUCAUGGGCAUGGCGGGAGCCAGCUCGCCUGGCAGUUUACCUGUCAAUUUCCUGCAGAAGGCUGGAGUUUACGUUCAGAGGAUUGUCACCACAACGGACAUUUUCAUCCCGGGAGCCAACAGCACAACAGAUGUCCAGGCUCGAAUUAGUGCUGGAGAGAGCAUCCAUGUGAUCCGAGGGUCUAAAGGCACUUACAUUAGGACAAAUGAUGGAAGAAUUUUUGCAAUUAGAUCUGGAAAGAUUAGUAGACCAAUCGCCGGUGGGCCUGCUGUUUCAAGAGAAAGCCAGCGCUCUGUGAUCCACCCGCUCCGAAACGGCUGCGCCUCCCCCGGGGAGCAACUGCACCACUCGCCUGACAUGGAGCAGCAGUCCUCCUCGCCGCUGAGCUCCGAGAUUCUCCGUGAGCUCAGCCACUUCGCGGCAUCCACGAGCGAGGGCGCCCUCGGCGCGGGGAACGAACUCUCCUCCCCGUUGGGCGUGUCCGUCGCGCCAACGGGAAAUGAAAGCGGUCUGAUUCCGGACCUCCACGCGCCACUCGACGACGACCUCCGGAGCUCGGGUUUAGAGACUCAAGGCGUGAAACGCAAGCGCGCUGAAAGUCAAGGCGCCGCAUUCAAACGGACUUCGGCCCCCUCGCACUUCCCCGGAUAUUCCCUGAAUUCCGGCGGGCUCAGUUUUCCUCCGGUGGGCUUGAACUCUCCCUCGUUAUUGGGGGGCCUGGGGCAUAUGAGUCACCCUCUUCUCAUGGGUGGAACUGGUGGGUCUUCAUUCCUUCAGACACCAGGACAAACCCUGGCAGAUUUACAGACCAUGUUCCCUUCCGCUCCCGGGAACGGACAACUCCCCCCGCCGUCGUCGUCGUCAGCUCUCUCCACCGUACUCUCCUCACCGUCGAACCCCAUUCCCUUAUCAUCGGCAUCAUCGGCCCCGACUACUUCCUCGCUGGCAUCGGGUUCUCUUCCGCCGUAUUUGAUGAACCCCAACGUGGCGGGCCUGCUUUCGUCAAGCUUCCCUCUCAACUACGGCCAGUCCUUGCUCCCCGAGCCCCGGAUGUUCCCCGCCCCUCUUCUGUCCGGCUCGGCGGGGUUCCCCGCGGCAAACUCCUCUUCGAGCGCGUCCAGCUUCCUCUCCCAUUUCAACAAUCCCACUUCCAGCCUGUUGGGGGCGGCCUUGGCCCAACCGGACAGAUAUCGGAGCGCAGAAAACGGAGGCGAAAGUUCAGAUGACGACGUCAUCGAGGUGACGGGACACUGAAGACUCCCAUCGGGGCACUUGGACACAAAGUGUCAUGCUUAGACUGAUAAGAAUGGGAUAAGAUUUAUUUACGUGGUUGUGCUAAAAGUAACAACAUUGUAAUCAUGUAUUUUUUUUAAAUACCUUCCUUGUUUCUGAUAAACAUCAAUGAAUUAUUCCAGGAGGGUCCUAUUUUGGCUAUAUAAAGAUCCAUAGUUCUUACUGCAUUCCCUGUCACUACAGCUACAUGAAGACACAUUUACAUGGUAGACGAGAAUAUUCUCGGACCUUAAAAGUAAAAAAAAAAAAAAAAAUUAAAAACAACCCUUUAUGCUGAACAAAACUGCCUUUCAUAUUGGACUUGCUGUGAAAUGGACCAAGUGUUCUUUGCAGGCACUCACCGGCUGAAUUUCCAGCGGUGUCCUCGCCUCGGCAGUUUGCGUCAUAUCGCCCGCGUGCACAAUUAAACACGGUGGCCACAGACUAUUUUUCGCACUCCAGCCAAUAUCCACCCGGAAACCUUAUUUCAGGAAUAUUUCAGUCUGCAAAAAUGUGUAGCAUCCCCUAUUGAGAUUGUGGUUCUCUGACUCAUCAUGUAGAUAUUUGUACAUAGUUACUGUCAUUGUCAUUGUUUAUAUUUCCAGUAAAUACUGUGCAGUGCGUAGGGAGGUGUCCAUUGCAGCAUCUGUGAAGAUAAAACUUCGCUUUGUUUUGGUUUUGGGGAGUUACUUUUUCCCCAUGACCGCUCAAAUGAAUGUAUUUUAACUUCCCCUAAGUAACACACGCUCUUUUUUUUUUUUCAUAUUUAGCCUUAAAAAAACUGAGUUCUUGAGUGUUCCAAUUUGAACUUGGUUCAUUUUUUUUUUUUAAACCAUUGUGAUGACCAAACAUGUUUUUGUUUCAUAAAACAAGAAUCAAUUGCGUCGAGAUGUCUACUCACUCGACGUAUGCGGCGCCUCGCUGAGAGCAAACUUUCACCCCCGUCGCGGUCCGAUGUUUAUUCGCUGUCGACGUCAGAACACUCAAACUCACGCUAACCAGCGACUGCGGCGGAGCCAGCCGGGCCAGGUGGAGCCGAGGCCUUAGCCCAGCUGACCGGCAUCUCGUGUCGGUAGUUUUUUUUUUUUUUUCCCAGUCUCUGCUGCUGCUGUCUCGCCUCGUCUAUUUCAUGUUGUGAUGACGCCUUCCUUGUUUGUUUUUAGAUUUUGGAAUCUUGUCGGCAAGCAGCCCGACUGCGCUUUUAUCAGUCUUUGGACAGAAAACAAGAAAGCAUGAGACUUAACCUCUAAUGAUCUUUUUUUUUUUUUUUUUUUUUUUCUUCAGCCAACUGAUGGAGACUUUUUGAAGCAUAUAAAACGACUGAGAGGGAUUAUGUAAAAGAUGCAGAUCCCUUAUCUAUUUGUACUCUUGUUAGAAUUUGAAGUUGAACAUCAUCGCUUCAUGUUGAAUUUGUUUCUUUCAUGUCCAGUUGAUUAUUUUGUAUGUAUUGGAUAUUAUUAUUUUUAACAUUUAUCAUUAAAAUGUACUGUACUCUUAAUGGUAGCUUUCCUCAUUUCAGUGUUUGUACUGUAUGAAAUGUAUUUAUUUGGGUUUUUUUUAAUAGUAUAACUUAAGUUGACUUUGAUGGCUGAUCCAUACCACCAAGACAAAAGCAGAAAAUUACUGUGUUAUCAAUGUUAUUUUAAAAAUAAAACACUUCCAUUGUGGAAAUGCUUAAAGUGUGUUUAAAUAAAAUAAAUGAAAUCAAGUAAAUUUCAAGGCCAGACAGAAACACCAG